AUGUCGACAGAAGCGCAAGAAUUUUCAAGUGAUAAGAUCCGCGCCCUCGAAUACAGGUAUGCAGAACUGCUCGAAGUGAGGAUCAAGCAGCUGGAAUCUGCAUGUGAGGUCGACAAGGGGAAUGCAAAAACUGCGGACGAUGGCUGCGUUCCGCUUUUCGAUAAGAAGGCCAAUGCCAACCCACAUGAAUCGAAUGGAAAUACGAAGCUGAAGGAUGGCGGUGGCACUAGCUCCGAGAAUUCGGCAGAGGACAGUUCCCUGACACGCUGUCGUAUUAUACAACGUUCACGGGAACCCAGAGACGGCCCAGCCGAGCGCGUUUUGGACCAUUCUGAACUCGUCAAUCUGGGACUAGGGGCCAUCUGGACUGGAAGCAAAAACGACGAUUCGCCUCCUCAACUGACGUACGUCAGAGUUGUGGAAAAGGAUGACAGAUACUCGUAUAGUGAAAUCCAUGUCAACGGGCCCGAGCUGAAAGCCUUGCUAGGAGUAGCUCUUGAGGCAUAUCCCAGUCUGCAUCUUCCAUCACCUGAUUCGCCUUCUUCCUGGGACGGCACAAAAGACACCAUCGUCUUCACCAGCCCCUGUGAGCCGCUUAUACACAACUGGGACAAUCUCAAUCAGCUGUCUACCGAGGACUCGGCACUGACUGCGGAAAUCAAGGUCCGCAUCGAAAAGCUGGGACCGCGUACAGACACGAACGUGGCCGGGCCUGAAGACCAAAAGACUCGAGCACUGGAGUAUCUGGGAAAGGUUGACAACCUGAAAGCCGCACGUAAUCAACUGACAGAGCUGCUCAAAAUUGUCAAAUUGCUUCCCGAAUUAGGUAGCUACUUCCAAUCUGUCGAAUUACAGAACAACUCUGGCUCCAUCCAGUUCGAGCAUCUAUGGACUAUAUUCCCCCCCGGAGAAAUUGUCUACUCGACUCUCUUCAUGAACGAGCCCCAACUGUUCAUAGUGAAAGACUCUGAGGGAGCAUCUGAGGAGGAGCGGGACUAUGAUGAGCAGCCUGGAGAAAACACGGUCAAUGUUUCAUGGUCGAUGUCUGCAUGGGCCUACGAUUGGGACGGAUUUUGCUUUAAGCGAGUCACCGUACAGUUCAAGUUCGAGCAAUAUGCGGGAAGUAAGAUGAUAAGCGCACUUCAUUGUCAUCCCUUCAAGUUCCACAAAUCAGGGGAGACAUCACUUUCUGAUGAGUUGUUUCGGGAAGAGUUGGAAACUUUAUUAUUUGACCGUGGCAGGAGAUUCACGGAACUGUGUGUCAAGUCGAAGGGAUCCCAGAUGUUCGACUACGACGGAUUCGCCCUUUCUCAUGGCACUGGUUUUCAAAGUCAGAUCGAAGACCAUCAUGAUUUCCUCAGGCGCAUGUUUGGCAGAGGCACCCAGAGAAACAGAGAGCGGAGAUCACCCAAAAAACGACGUAUCCAAGGCCGCGUCAUGGUUGAUUUCGAAGCCUACCUCCAGUUUUCGCCUUACAUAGGCAUAUAUGGGCCAAUGGGAUCGGCAGAGUUUUCUCGCAGAGACACUGAGUGUCGAUGCACGACUUGCGUUACAAACGCUGCUCUGAGAGACAGUCAGAAGAUGGCUUGGGACGGCAUGAAGACACAGGACCACUUUGAAGACCUCCAGUUCAAGCUUUGUCCACCAAGAGUACUUGGCUAUCAUUUGGACUCAAGAACGUGGUUGGAGCUCAACGUGGGGAAACAUAACACGAGCCAAAUCGAUGGUGCCGAAGAGUGGGAAAGCUAUCUCAAGGACAUCAAGGAGUUGCGCAACUCUGACGCCUUCAAAAAGCUACAACUACUUCCAACGCAAAAGACAUUGAUCCGGGACCUUGUACGAUGUCACUCGAGUGGUACGAAUUCGAGGCCGAUGAUGACGGACAUCAUCAAAGGUAAAGGAAAAGGGCUCGUGAUACUACUUCAUGGGCCACCAGGUAUUGGGAAGACUCUUACAGCGGAGAGUGUGGCCCAACUCGCCGGCAAGCCCCUUUUCUCCGUCGGCGUAUCGGAUAUUGGACUCAUCCCAGCUGAAGUAGAGCAGAAUCUCGAAGCUCUUUUUGAACUUGCGGCAAAUUGGCGGGCGGUAUUGCUAUUCGACGAAGCCGACGUCUUCCUGGAGUCAAGAAGCAGUCACACAUCGGACCUUAGCCGAAACGCAUUGGUCUCAGUUCUCCUCAGGGUGCUGGAAUACUAUGACGGCAUCUUGAUACUCACAACGAAUCGAAUUACCCAGUUCGACAUCGCCGUACAAAGUCGCGUGAAUCUGGGUAUCAAAUAUGACGAUCUGCAACGCGAACAAAAGUUGGAAAUCUUCAAUAACUUUGUGGGGCAGCUGAAACCGGACCAGGUGGAGAAGAAAGAUGAUAUUCUCAACUGGUUCAAGAAUGAGGAAGAAGCGAGAGACUGGACGGAUGGACUCAAUGGGAGGCAGAUUAGGAACAUCUUGUUUUCGGCUGGUAGCUUAGCGCAAGAGGAUGGAGGACAACUGAAGCUGGAACACAUCUCGAGGAUGGCGAAGAGCACUUGGAGGUUCCACGACAGCAUCAAGACGGUGGUUGACGAGGCUCGCCGGCGAGCUGAGGCUGGGAGAAAAUAA